UGUUUUGGGGGAAGCGCGCUAAAAAUAAGCACAAAUCUUAGCCGGCGGCGGACAAAACCAACGUAACAAUUCCAACACUUUCGGAAUCAUAUUCCGCGUCUACAUACCCGUAUAAAAUAUAUUAUAUCCAUGCAUAGCCUCUGUGCCGUGUGCGGAGUGGCGGCCUCGCAGACUUGCACUCGCUGCAAAAUUGUUCGCUACUGCAACAAGGAGCACCAGAAGCAACACUGGCCAGACCACAAGCGCUGUUGCAAGCCAAUCCGCGAGGAGAAGGAUGACGUGCUGGGUCGAUUUUUGGUCGCCACACAAGACAUCAAGGCCAAUCAGAUAAUUUUCGUUGAGGAGCCGCUGGUGAUCGGGCCGAAGUGGUACAUGUCGGAGGGGGAGAAGUCGUCCACCACCGUGCCGUGCGUGGGUUGCUACACGCCAUGUCGCUUGGGCAAGCAUCUGUGUCGCCAUUGUCGCUGGCCAGUUUGCAGUGUUUCCUGCGAACACGAGGCCCUGGAGUGCAGCGUCCUCAGCUUGGGUCCGGGUCCGUCUGCCAGGGCCGAUGCUCGUGGGCUGAACGAUUUCUACCGGGGGGAUGCACUCCUUGUGCUGAAGUGUCUGCUGCUGCAGCGCAAAGAUCCGAAGAAGUGGGCCGAUCUGCUCGAGAUGCAGUCGCACGAAGAGGAACGCAAAGGCACGGAGCUCCACCAGGAGGCGGAAGAUGGAAUUGUAAGCUACUUGAACCAACGCUUUCUGCAGCGCCUCAAGCAGAGCAAGAAGGGUCUCCUUGAGCACUGCGAACCGGAACUGCUGCAUCGGCUGUGUGGCAUCGUCGAGACCAACUACAUGGUGGUCGAGUUGCCCACGGGCAUCGAACUUAGUGGACUGUUCCGACAGGCAUGCAUGAUGGAGCACGCCUGCCAGCCCAAUUGUUAUUUUCAAUUUGACGGAACUACCAUGCAGAUCGCGGUUAGGGCGGGCGGCGACCUGAAAAAGGGCGACCACCUAAGGAUCACCUACACAAACAUCUUGUGGGGCACUCAUCUGCGCCAGCAUCAUCUUCGGCUGACCAAGCAUUUCAAAUGUGGCUGCGAACGCUGCUUGGAUCCCACGGAGUUUGGCAGCUAUGUGAGUGCGUUGACCUGCUUGGGUGAUGUCAACAAAUCCUGUGGGGGCAAGCAGCUCCCCGUGGAUCCAGUCGACGAGCACAGUCAGUGGAAAUGCGACGCUUGCCCCAUGGCCAUGGAUACGGCAUACGUGACAGAGCUGCAGACCCAUAUGACGGAGCAGGUGGAUAAGAUGCUGGCCGGACGCCCUUCGGCCACUGAGAUUGAGCUAACGUUGGCUCGCCUGACGCAGAUGCUGCAUCCAAACCACUUUCACAUGUUCAAUCUGAAGCAUACGUUAAUCCAGCUUUAUGGCAACGAAAUUGGUCUUGAGCUGAGCUCGCUCAGCGAUGGAAUACUGGAGCGAAAGUUGCGCUUGUGCGAUGACCUGUACAACGUGUGUCGUCGCCUGGAUCCCUACAGCAUUAAGCUUGCCAUCUAUCUGACUGUUAUCCUGGUCGAGAUUGCCCACACCCUGGAGGAACAGGCGCGCAGGAAUCCCGCAGAGGCUUCUACAUUGCUAGAAGACGCCCUGCUCCGACUCAAAGAGGCUCAGGAGGUGCUGGAAAAGGAACUCGAUUCUGUGGCAGGUAAGAAGCUGAACGAGAAGCUUCAGACGGAGAUCUUUGAGUGGGAGAAACUAAUGCUGACCCACAAAUACCAGCAGCAGAAAAUUGACUAGUUUUUGCAAAUAAAACAUACUUUAUGAUACAG